ACCAAGAGACUGCAGACAGUAGAAGGGAUGACCAGAGACUGCAGACAGUACAGGGAUGACCAAGAGACUGCAGACAGUACAGAGAUGACCAAGAGACUGCAGACAGUACAGGGGAUGACCAAGAGACUGCAGACAGUACAGGGGAUGACCAAGAGACUGCGGACCUUAGGGGAGGGAGGGGGAGCGGGUACCUGAAUUUGACAGAGUGCGGGCAUGAGAAGCGCUGCGCUUUGUGAAAGGCCCGGUGUCUUCUGGGACCUGUCAUGUGUCCCAGAAGAUGCCGGACCAUUCACAAAGCACAGCGCUUCUCGCGCAUGCGCAGUGGACACCCGGCUGUCACAGCCGGGUGCCCACACUAAAGAUGCCGGCGUGGGAAGACUGCAGAGAGCUGGACCGAGGAACAGGUAAGGUCUUCCUGCAGAGAAGAGCUGAGCAGCCAUAUUCUCCAUAUUCGCUCCAUAAGACGCACUGAAAUU